CUCUUCUAAAGGACGUGUUCACAAGGUCUCAAGUGGGAAGAACGGACGGCCCCAAUAACUUGAACCUCUUACACGUUUACCCAAUCAAGGAAUGGACGUAGCGCCGAUCUACUUGCAGGUGAUCAGGAACGUCAUCGAAGGAGCGGAUUUUAGCACAGAACAAUUCGAGGAAGCUUCAUUAACUAAAUUAGCUAAGCUCUGGGAACAAAAAGUACUUGAGUCCGGUUCUCUUCGCAGCUUCGACUCGGAGAUUAAGACGGAGAGCCGCAAACGCGCCGUCUUUGACUCGCACGUCGCAACAAGCUCGGUCGAAGACACAGCAAAGACCGUUGAAGGAACAAAGGGAGCGGUCCGAAGCGAUGAAAUCCUCAGCUCGGACACGGAUGAUGCAGAAGAAGGAAGUGACUAUGACGAUGACUCAAAAUGCUUGAACUUGAUUCUAGCACAGUUUGAGAAGGUUGCGCGCGCGAAGAGUAAGUGGAAAUGUGUGCUGAAAGAGGGGGUCAUGACCCUCGAGAAUAGAGACAUUUUAUUCGGAAGAGGAAACGGAGAGUUCCGUUGGUGAAGAACUCCCAACAAAUUUAGGUACGAAGGUACCAUAUGUUUGUUCAAGUAGUCUAUGAAGUCCUAAGGACGCGAGACCUCAAUUGCAGCUUGAAGCAGAUUUAACACGCGUCGCGUGUUAAGAUCGAGCUUUCGUUUGGUUUUUCGUGCUCGAAAUAUCGUCAUGAAUGUUGCAUGUGUUGUUUGAAUGGUCUCGUCAACUUAGCUUUUGUGGUAGUUGAUUCAAACUUGGUACAAAAUAGCUUGACAUC